AUGACUACCGUUCAACCUACAGGGCCAGACAGGCUCACCCUGCCGCAUAUUCUACUGGAAUUCAACGAUGGCUCCUCGCAGCAUGCAGUGAUCGAGCUAAGCAUGAACGAGGGGAUUAAUAUAUCCACCCAUGAGUGGAAUCCAUCCACUAAUGAGCAAUCGCCACGGGAAGAGAGAGCACCACCCCAACAAUCCAAUCCAUCGCAUCAUCCAGAAUCAUCGAACAUAGCUACUCAAAGUCCCGCUCAGGAAACCGAGACUCAGCCCGGCAUUCCAGGACUAGAUAGGCCUGCCUUUGAUACCUCGGCAACGGGGUCGUCAGAACAGGUUGACCCAGUACAGGGAAGGAUCCUGGAUGAUAUUAUAGGCCAAUCAUUAAGGACUUCCGAAGAAGACGAUACCGAAUCCCGCCAGAGACCACGAGACCAGAAGAACAUUAUGAUCACCGUGAAUUACUUGUACGCAGACGACACAAAUUCCAGAAGUGCUAAUACAAACAACCAGACGCCCAAUAACACUUCUAGAACUUCCGACAGUGAACGUGUGGGCUCCUUAUCGUUGCACGUUCCGGAUCUACCAGAUAAUGCCGACGAUUACUAUAUCGAUGUACUCAUUAAACUAACCACAAGCAUUGCCCUCAGCGUCAUCACGUCCAUGAUCAAGAAACGAUUAGGGCUUAGCAGGGAAAAAUUUGACGAACUCGAAACGCCUUCCUUAGAUACCGUGCAUGAUAUUACCUGUCCCAUCUGCUACGAUGAAUUUGUCGCAGCGCCUACCAAGCCCCAACCGACAGAUACUAAUCAACGGAAAAGAAAAAGAGAAGAUGACGAUCAUGAUGACACUGAUAGUAACAAGUUACGCAAGAAUUCCGAAACCAAGAAAACUAAUCUCUCCACUAAAGUUCCUCCCAGAAAGGAGUACACGCAUUGUCCUGUAAAAGUACCUUGUGGCCAUAUCUUUGGUCAAACCUGUUUAUACGAAUGGCUCAAAGAAAACAAUACUUGUCCUCUUUGUCGAACAAAGGCAAGCAAUGUAGGACAUGGCUCAGUGAUGCAAGAUAUCACUUUGAGGUUACCAAAUUUGGCUUCAAUUGUAUAUGAGAACAGAGACUUCAUCCGAUCUAUGCGAAACUCGGGACUUGCAUUUACUCCUGUUGAUUAUGGCUCUCCAAGAGCUACAACUGCCACAGCUGCAGUUGCAGCGGCAGCAACCACCGGUGCAACCAAUUCUACUCCCAACACUAGCGUUCAAAAUAGACCGUUGCGAAUGAUACCUCUAUUUCCAGGGAGACCGGAUCUUGGCCUAGCUAGAGGUGUUACUGUGCCGGAUGUGAUUCGACGUAUAAUUGACUCACUCACAGACAGGAUUCCUCGAAGAAAUGUGCGUCCAACCCCCGCAGCACCAACAGCAACGUCAUCACCUGUUACAGGUUCCAAUACAAGUGGCUCCCAGCACCAACGUUCAUUCUCUGCGGUGAGAGCUCCUUGGAACCCUGUCAGUGCUAUGAUGCUUAAUGAAGUUCUCCAAAGCAGAUGGGACUCAGGAUCCCCAAAUAGUAAUUUAUUCCCAGCUGGAGUUGCCAGCAGACGAACCAGGGAUGGAGUAGUUACUGAGGAAACUAUACCGCAACAUGCUGCUGGUCCAGUUCCAGAAUCAAUAUCUCAGGGUGAAACCACAACCAAUCAUGAACAAGCAUCGUCUCACUCUGAAACACCAACUCAUGCUCAAACCCAAGAUCAAGAUACCCACAAUAAUGAACCUGAGGCCUAA